AUGCUUCUAACGUCUGAAGGAAAAUAUCGUUUUCUAAGUAUUUUUAUAUGGUUCGAUAGAGCUCGACGAGCUCUACAAGAAUAUGAAUAUCAAAAAAAUUCUGAUGCUAUUUCCAAUACAAAACUUGAAGGAAAUCAGAAAGAAUCUUUAAGUGUUCACGUUCGUUUAGGAAAAAUUCCACGCAAAACUGAUCAACGAAUACAUAAUCUUCUCUAUCGUAAAUCAAAACUGGAAACUGUCAGUGGAACUUCAACUGUCCUUAGUGGAUUUGCUAUUGUAGCUCUUGUCAAAUUGUCGAUCGAUUCAUAUUCAUAUAUUUUUUCUCGUGAUGGUGUACUUACAGUUUAUGUCAUUGUAUCAUAUCUCUUAGUUAGUGUUCAUUUAUUGGCUUUACUUAUGUCAGUAUGUAUUUUACCUGAAGUAAAAAGUAUCUUAACCCUUUGA